ACAGCCGCUGACAACGCGGGCCCACACGAUCCCCCCUCUCCCCUGUCUUAAACCCCACACAAACACGACCCAACGCCUUCCUCUCCUCCUCUCUCUCUCCCCCGCUCCUCGCGCCGCCGACAUCGCCGGAGAAAAUGAGUCAACAAGGGGAGUACCACGCCGACAUGAUGGCGGAGUUCCUGCGGGGGAGCGGCGGCGCGGCCGUGAUUGACGGCGGGCUGGCGACGGAGCUGGAGGCUAACGGCGCCGACCUCAAGGACGCCCUCUGGAGCGCCCGGUGCCUCUUCACCUGCCCCGACCUCAUCCGGAAGGUUCAUUUGGACUAUCUUGAAGCUGGGGCAAGUGUUCUGAUAACAGGAUCAUAUCAGGCCACAAUUCAGGGCUUCCUUUCAAAGGGAUUUUCUCAGGAGGAAAGUGAAUCAUUCCUGAGGAGGAGUGUUGAACUAGCAUGUGAAGCACGGGCUAUUUACCUGGAAAAAUGUUCUAACGGUUCGGACGAAGCCAAAGACGUAACAAAAUACAGGAAGCGCCCAAUACUAAUUGCGGCAUCAGUUGGUUCUUAUGGAGCAUACCUAGCAGAUGGCUCUGAGUAUAGUGGUGACUACGGUAAUGAGGGCACUUUGGAGUUCCUCAAAAACUUUCAUCUGAGAAGGCUUCAAGUCCUUGCUGAAGCUGGUCCUGAUGUUAUUGUUUUUGAAACUAUUCCAAACAAAAUUGAGACUCAGGCAUAUGUUGAACUACUAGAGGAGUGUAAAUUACGUAUUCCGGCAUGGUUUGGUUUCACUUCAAAGGAUGGAGUCAAUGUAGUAAGUGGUGAUUCCCUGAUAGAGUGUGCCUCUAUUGCCGAUUCAUGCAAGGAAGUUGCUGCAGUUGGUAUUAAUUGCACUCCCCCAAGAUUUAUCCAUGAAUUAGUUUUAUCCAUCCGGAAGGUGACAAGUAAACCAAUAUUAAUAUACCCAAAUAGUGGUGAGAGCUAUGAUCCUAUAAGAAAGGAAUGGGUGGAAUGCUCAGGGAUUUCAAAUGAGGAUUUUGUUUCAUAUGUCAAAAAAUGGCAUGAGGCUGGGGCCUCACUGAUAGGGGGUUGCUGCAGAACAAGUCCAGAUACGAUAAGAGGAAUAUCGAAGGCUCUGCAUGGAGUUUAGUUGAUGGAGAUUGAGUAGAGUUGAUAGCCAGUUUUUGGACAGAGUCGCUAACUCACUCUGUUUGCCCGAUGUGACACAGGUCUUAUUGGUCAGGUAGUCAGAUUUCUUAUGGAAUUUGAAUAGCUAUUGAGGACAAUGAUUUAGGAAAAAAAAAAAACUAAUGCUGUGUUGUUCUUUCAUUAGCUUGUACCAGCACCUUUAUUGAUGAGGAAAUGAUGCCAAAUGUUGGCCUAGAAGGAGUUGCUACUCUUCUUAA